UAUUUUGUUGAAAUGAAGGGUAGAUUCAAGUGUUGAUCAACAACUUGCGGCAGUAUUAAAUUCAAUUAGUGCUUUCUUUUGAUUGAAAAUUGAAAAUAAUGACAAACAGGCAAUAUGAUUCAAGCCAAGUAGCUUCGAUUUACAUUGAGGUUCGACCAACUCCAUCCCAUGAGUUGAUUAAUUCAAUUAUAAAACAACUUUCCAAACAUUGUCCACCCAAUAGCAACAAUAAAUGGUCUCGAGCAGUUGACGUUGGUUGUGGCUCAGGUCAGGCGACAUUCAAGUUAGCUGAUUACUUUGAUCAGGUUAUUGGUUAUGAUAUAAGUGUACCUCAAAUCAAAGAAGCAAUUGAACGGAAUAAAUUUGACAAUGUAACUUUCAAGAUAAGUCCUGGAGAAGAGAUUGAUUUAGAGGAUAAUUCGGUUCAAUUAAUAACGGUGUGUGAAGCUCUUCAUUUUUUCAACAUUGACAAAUUCAACUCCAAAGUCGAUUCCCUUUUAUCGAAAAAUGGUUUAUUCGCCACGAUUGGCUACUAUCCAGUCCCAAAGUGUAUUCGUCUUGAUGACACAACUGUCAACCUUGAUCGAAUAUCAAAUAUUUUUGAAAGAACCUUCCAACUAUGGCAAGAUCAUGGAUACCCAGUGCAAGUAUUUGUUGAGCGUGUUUUGAAUAAGUAUCGUGGACUCAAUUUACCCUUCGAUAAGGUCUGUUAUGAAGAUACAUUCGUAACCACAUUGAGGCGACCAGCAACUUACCUUAUUGAUUUAAUUAACUCUCUUGGAACCAGUGAGUUAUUCCGAAGCAAAUAUCCAGAGAAGGAUGAGAUUCUAAUGAAUGGCAUCAAAAAAGAUUUACAUGAGAUAUUCGGAACAAAUGAUUUAUCUUCAGUUGAAAUUGAAGCUUCAUUUGAAUAUUUCGUUAUCUGUUUCAAGAAGUGAAUGAUUAUUUUCUGUAUAUCACCAUUCGAAAUGAUCCACGAAAUUUUAUUUUAUUAAUAUUCUCAAUGUUUCAUCUUUUAAAACUAGUUACCUGAAAACAAUCAGUAAUGAAAGACGGCGAAAACAGGUAUUGUGUUAUUAUUUUGUAAAUAAUAAAAUUGACUUUCGGACUAUUGUUUUAUUAUCGACUCUUAAUUGUAAAAUGCAAAGCAUUGAUUGAUUAAAUUUAAUUGAUUUCAUUGUAGUGUCAAAGAUCCUGACCAAGGGCGAGAUCAGUUAACUUACAAGGGAAGGUGCAAUUUCAUUGUAAUGUCAAAUAAAAUCAAUUGGUAAACGCCAUUUAUGCUUCUUAUCUACCCAUUGAA